UCAGUUGUUGAACGUGCGUGCAGCCAACGGUGACGCUUCCAAAAUCGAGCUCGUCCACACCAUGCACGAAAAAUCGGCGUUUGUUGCUGGCUGCGGUUAAACAGUGCGUCUUGAGUAAAUUUUUGUGUAAACAACAAAUUACAUUUUCGCGUCGACUCGGCUCACACGAACUAAAAGCUAAUUUUGAAAUAAAGCCCGCUACUGAAGUUGCGAUUCACACAAGUACGCACGACGUCAAGAGGAAAAGACGCGCUUCACUGUUAAAUAAAUAAUAUGUGGCGUAAAAGUGUGCGGGUUUUUGUUAGUUUGAUCAUUUGCAACAUAUGAGCAGUGGGAUCGACCGCACGUAUGGAGAUUCGUAAAACUGUCAAGGUGAUGGUGUCAGGGUAUGGUUCCUUGCUGAUAAUCUCGAGCUUGGUGUGCAUGGGUUCGGCAUCAAUCUGCAUCCAGGGCAAACAGUACCUGAGUACAAAGUUAGAGACAUGUGUGAACUGUACGCAGUGCGCGGUAGGUGACAUGGUGAUCCGCCCCUGCGAGGUCCACCGGGACACGAUCUGCCGGCCCAUCAACGAAAUCUUCAAGUUCAUCCAGCCCAAUCCGCACCGGCAUGGCCACAUGUUCCGGCCGGCGCACCACGACAAGACCGAGGACGGCGACCGCGACGGCGAGGACAAGCCCGUCGGGGACGCGCCCGAGCUGGAAAUCACCAGCACCGAGGCGCCGUUCUCCAGCGCCGAGACGCUAGUCUGGGACUGGCAGGCCAUCGCACUCAGCUCGGCCGUCUUCGCGUGCUUCCUGUUUUUUCUAGCCAUCACGCUGUACUCGCUGCACCAGGCCAAGCAGUGGAGGAGGCUGAAGGAUAACUUCGAUGCCGAUGUGGAGGAGCUGUCCGCCAAACUGAGCCUCAUGGCGGCGUCGUCGAGCGAGAAGGGUGAAAUCCUAGACCCCAAGAUAGGCCCAAUCAGCGACGGAAACUACCUCAAUAACAGAUGUGUUUAUUUAGAACAACUGCUCAACGUGCGGAAGGACACCAAGAUCGGGUCGGAGGGCGGCGGCAACGUGUACAUCGAGGAGAGCAGCGCGUCGGCCGCCACCGGGGGCAAGACAUAGUGAAGCACGAGGGCGCAACCCAGGGGCCACAAUUCUGUCGGCGCUGCGGCGCGUGUUUUUGUAGAUAUCGAAUCGCUAUUUAUUAAAUUGGACCUGUAAAAUAUUGCCAAUAAAAAUCUAUUUAUUUUAAUUAGAUUUAGCUAAAAUUAGGAUCUUGGCAUCAGAUGUAAAUAAAUCAAAGUAAAAAGUCUAGACCGAAGUAUGAAUGAACUCUUGGCAUAUGAAUACGAAGUAUUUGGAUGUACGGUAUCUAAAAAUAUGGAGGCCUAGGCAACAUCUGGGUGUUCGUGUUAUGGAUCUGGAGGACGCGUACCUAAAUUUCGGAAAAUUCUCGCCCACGUGGAACGUUACGUUAACGAACGCGAGCAGGUGUGCCUCAGAACUGAAUUCAAUUUCCGGUCCUCGACGAUUACUUCCUUCCUGUAUCAAACUGUUAACAUAAAUAUUUUCGUUUAAUUAGGAGACAGUUCCAUUUUGUAAAUUUUUUAUUUUAGUAUUGGGCAUCAAAUGCCCCUCUUUAGUAUUACUAAUUACGAAGUACCUUUGUUUAUACAUAUUUAGUAGCGUAGGGACGGUAGUACAAAAUGUUUAUUUUGUCGUUUUUGUUGUAGAUACCGUAGGCUUAUUCGUACAAAUCCGUUUCCUUGGACAACUUUUGUAUAGUUAUUUAUUGUAAUCAUGGACAAUGUUAUCACUAGUUGUAUGUAUAGGUGUAAGAAAAUAAACCCAUUGAAAUAUUCA